CCACCCACAUAGUAUAUGAUGUGGGUCAUCUGUUUUUUUUUUUUUUUUUUUUUUUAAUUUAAAUUAUAUAAAAUAAUACAAAACGGCAAAUUCUCAAAAGUUCAUGUUACGCACGCUUCCGGUCUCUCUGUCUCUUCAGUUUUAAUUUUCUCUCUCUCUCUCUCUGUCUGUCUCUCCCGCCAUGGCAAUGACGACCGUGAAGAUGCUCCACACAAAUCAUAAAAGACAUUCAUAUCAAUAAGGUAACGGCAUUAACUCCGUUUAUAUUUAUUUAGUUUUGGUGAUUAUUCGAAACGCCUUUUGAAAAUCCGAUAUUUGUUUGUCAUGAUUUAGAAGAAGAGAUUAACUCCAUUUUGUGCGUAUGUGAUUACAUUUGAGAGUUUCAUUUCGUUUGGGAUCCCUCUUUGAUGACCUUCGACGGUACAACGUGCUAAUUUACAUUUUUGAUGCUCUUUAUGUUUGGAACUUUGCUUCCAGGUUUGAUAAAAUUUUGGUAGCCUGGAUAGAGUUUUCUUUAAAGAUCACAGCUCGCACAAUGGGGAAGAACUUGCGUGAGAAAGUGACAUGCUCCCCAAUCCAAAACAACCAUCCUGGAUUCAUGUGGGGACUCUUUGACAUUCUUAAGCACAACCAUUGGCGUUACAUCAAGAAACGUCUUCCUCACAAACGACCCAUCGGUGGUAGACCAAGUGCUUCUGCUGGAACAAAAAACGAAGUAAAUAACACAAUUCCACCAGAUGGUAUGCCUAAAAGCAAGGUGGAAGAUAACACAAAUGUAGACUCUGGGAAAAGACCAAAGAAGCCUAGUUCUUCUGCAGUAAAGUCCAAAGAUUCUUCUAACUCAGGGGAGAAGCCAAAAAGGAAUCAUAGUUCAGAAGACAAGUCCAAGAAUCUCAACUCAGAGGAGAAGCGGAGAAGGAGACAUUCAGAGAUCAAAAAGUCUGUGAAAGCUUUGAUCAAGGCACUUGUAAUAGAAGACAAGUCCAAGAGGAAAGGCCGUCACCACAGAAGCUCCACUUAUCCUGUCCAAUCAGACCCAAAGGACAAGGAGUCAUUGAGUGAAGUAAGAGAAUCUUCUGACAAGGAUUCCUCAGACAAGAAGAUUGCCAUUUCACCCUCCAUUGGUUCUUUGAACCCUCUUUACCUCAUGUCCGAGGAAUCAAGCUACAGUGACAGCGAAGACUUCAAGUCAGAGAAAACCCCAGUUGAUGAAAGUGAUCAUUCCAAGAAGAAGAAGGAGGAAGCUUGGCCUGAUCCAAAGUUGAAUGAGGAUUGUGAUACAUCAUCAUCGCCUAGACAGACAAAAGCAUGUCUUGAUGCUCUCAAUCUGAUACACAUGAACAGAAACUUCUUGUUAAAAGUUCUGCAGGACCCUGCUGGUUCUCCACUAGCCAGGCAUUUCCAGAGAGAACAAUCUUUUAGCUCCAAGACCAUGACUAGAUCAGGAUCCUUUCCUACUCAUGAUCAUAGUAAUGUACCACCAACGUCUCCUUCCACAGCUGUAGAACACAGAGCAGUGGAGAAACUUGCUAAUGAAGAUUCAUCUGGUUACACGAGGAAGAGAGGAAAGAACCACCAAGUGGUGAUCAAACGUUUCAAGGAUCUAAGACAAAAGAUAAAGCAUGUCAUCAACGAGAACAAGAGCGAGAAGCACCGUAUCACUAUGGAUGCUGUCUUAGACAAAGUGCCUCGAAAGUACGGGUUCUCGAAAGAUUUGAGACAAGACAUCUUGUCUCACUGUUCUGCUACUAAGAAGGAAGGCGCAAAACCGAGGCAGAUAGGAAGAACAUCGUCGCUGUGUGGAUCGGUUGAUAGAUAUCUUCAGCUGUAUGAAAAGAGCUUCCAAAAGAGCAACAGUAUUUCAAAGUCUGAGGAACCGGCGUUGUCUUGUAAGAUAGUUCCUAAGAUCUUGGGAAGGAUUCUUUCAUUACCUGGAACUAAAUCUCCUUAUGCUUUGAAGACUGAGGACCUUCCUGGCCAUUUUGAAACUUCAAGUAGAUCAAUAGAGCAGGAACAAGAUGGUUUGGAUGACAUUUCAGAGAUCUCAGACGAUCAGUCUGAGUCUUCAGAACAUGAAAUGCCAGAGACUACAGAUGAUCUGUCUUCUGAUGAGACAGAACAAGACAGAGAAACCUCUACGGUUGAUGUUGAAACCGAAACAAAACCUUUGUAUGAAUCAUCAGGAGACUGUCCAACUUUUGAUGAAUCUCACAUCCCACGAGAUUUGAAGGUAGGGCACGAUCCGGAUACAGAGACUUGUGAAACAAGAAAACAGUUAGAAGGCAUAACAGCAGAAGCUAUAGACGAAUACCUCCAGAUAGAAGCACAAGAUAAAGGGAAGUUCAACUAUGUAAGAGACAUUCUCGAGAUCUCUGGUUUCAACGCACCAGAAUCUCUCUCAAUGUGGCAAUCAGAUUACCAGCCGCUAGAUCCAUUAGUCUACGAAGAAGUUGCCACAGCAGCAAUAGCAGGAUGUAUGAUCCAAGAUCCAGAAUGUUCAAGAAACUAUGAAGAAGAAGAAGAAAGUGGUGGUAACUGCAACCACUUGCUUCUCUUUGAUCUAAUCAACGAGGUACUAAUCGAAAUCUACGAAAGGUCUUACCAUUACUGUCCCAAGCAAUUGUCAACUUUAUGUAGAAUCCAUCCAAUGCCGGUGGGGUAUAGUGUUUUGAAAGAUGUUUGGGUUAGAAUAAACUUUUACUUGCGUUACAAGCCACACGACGAGGAGUCAUUUGAUGAGAUUAUGAGUAGGGAUUUGAGGAGAGAUGAUGGGUGGAUGGAUUUGCAGUUUGAGAGUGAGUGUGUUGGGAUUGAAGUUGAGGAUUUGAUCUUUGAGGAGCUUCUUGAGGAACUGCUUGGAUCCUGUUAAGAACUUGAAUCAUUUCUUUGGGUUGUUGUUGUUGAUGUUCUGUUGCUUGGAGUUUAAGAUACAUAAAAGAGAAAACAUGGUGUUUGUAUGCAAUUUUUAAAAUGCCCAAUCAAAUUGAUGUAGCUAAACUAAACAACUAAGCCCGUCUAGCUCAGUUGGUAGAGCGCAAGGCUCUUAACCUUGUGGUCGUGGGUUCGAGCCCCACGGUGGGCGUGAUUUUUUGUAGCUUUUUGGAAUAGUUCUAAUAAUUUUUACAAGGAAAUCAACAGCUUGUGAAUAUAUGUACUUUCCUUUAUCUGUUUCCUCCCUAAAUACAAAUAUUAUUCAUCUUAAUCUUUGCUAGUUUUUUUGCUACCGACUCAGAAGUCAGAACUGUAGUUCUAGUUUCAUUAUUAUAUGGUUUUCUUUAAGAGAACCACAAAAGAUUUGGUCAUAUGUCAAGAAAGGAAGACUUAAACUAGCAGAGAUUAGGUUAA